CAACUCCGCGUAAGUCGGCAUUUUUACCAUUUGGGUAGUGAUUUCCUUAUAUUUGUACUGAACGGACGUGGAAUUUAUAUUUAGAAGUGUUACAAAAAAAUUGAAUAAAAUCAUUCCACAAAAACCACAUCAUUCCAGCUUCAAUUUAUUUGAAAAUAUCUUCCAAAAUAUAAAGUCAAAUAUUUUCACAUUUUAGCCUGACGAAACAAUAAUAAUUUGCUGGCUCCAAAAAUGACAGUGUCUUACGAAAUAAUUUUCGAAAAUAAGUCGAAUGAUGUGUUCUACUCAGGAGAUGUGAUUUUCGGAACUGUGCAUUUGAAAUUAACUGAGAGAAAAAAAUUGCGUGGUGUGUAUGUUAGUUUUAAUGGAGAUUCACGUACAAAUUGGUCUGAAUAUGUUGAAGAGGAGCGUGGUUAUGGUGAUGAUCGUCAUUAUGAAAGAGUGCUCCGACAAUAUUGUGGCCAUGAAAACCAUUUGUCUUCAAAAAUCUAUUUAGUCCGGGAACAAGGUGGUGAUUCAUUCUAUUUAGAUGCCGGACAGUACACUUAUAACUUCGAAUUUCAAUUGCCACAUGAUUUGCCAUCGUCUUUUGAAGGAGAACACGGUGAUAUAAGAUACAAUGCAAAAUUGGUUCUGAUUGUUCCAUGGUGGUUUAAUGACACAUAUAAAAAACCAUUCACUGUUAUUAAGACGCUAGAUUUGAACGCUAAACCGUCAUUGCACAGACCAGUUAUUAUAGGAAAGAAGCACACUUUCAAGCCAUGCUACAUUUUCUGCUGUUGUCCUUCAGGUCCAUUGAAAGUGAUUGCACAAUUACCAGUCGGCGGCUAUGUUCCAGGCCAAACGAUAAAUUUAACAUUCACUGUCGAGAAUGAAAGCGGAAAUCGAGUUGAACAUUUUAAAGUGGAAUUAAUCAAGAAUAUUGAAUACUAUGCCGAGGGCAAAUAUAAAUUUGAAACAAUUUCCAAAGCAACGGGAAUAUCAACUCAGGCAGUAGAAGUAAAUCAGAAACGAAUAAUUAACAUGGAUUUAAAAGUGCCAUCAUGUUUACCAACUGCUAAAACGUAUCACAUUACAAUUUCAUACUAUAUUGAAAUUAAAUGUUAUACGGACGCAAUCGGUGGGAAACUGAAAACCAUAGUUCCGAUUACGAUUGGUACGGAGCCAAUUGUAGAGAAUAUGCCGAUUCAGCAUAACUCAUCUUGUGUGGUUACUUAUCAACCAGCGGCUUCACAAGUCCAUCCAACCCCAAUGAACAAUAAUGGUGAAAACUGUAACGAAAUUUAUAUGGAAAAAUGCAUAAAUUAUGCACCAAAUGUAACGCUUUUGCACUUGAAUUACCAACACUAUCAGCUCCACCGGUCUACGGACUGGGACCACCAGCUCCAUCAGUUUAUGUACCGAUACCACCAGCUCUACCAGCCAAUGAGCCAGUACCAUCAGCUCCAAAAAUGUACGAUUACGGUCCAAUAUCAUAUGAGAAAUAUUGAUAGAUUCAGUAGAGACUUCAAGGGCCACAUCAGUACUAAAAUACCAAAACAUCACCGAAAGGACCAAAAAGAGCACCGACAACUGCAAAAUAGUAGAAAAAUGAAAGAAACGAAAUGAAGAAAGAAGUUUGUAUAUGUCGGUACUUCCCAGCAUUCGUUUGGUUCAGCAAUAUUUUAAUAGUCGUCGGAAUUUUUUAAAUUUUGGUACAGAGACUCAAAAUAUUUGACGUCAAACUUCUUAUUCGCACAAAUCGGCAUAAACAUUAAUUGUCAAUUAAAACAAUUUAA